UCCCUGCCGUCUGCAGGUCUGCGGGGCGAAGUGUCGCGGCGGCGCAGCUCGCGGCAAGAAUCGGGAGGAGGAGGAGGAGCUGCAAGGAUAGGCCCAGGAGCAAUGGAAUCCAAAGAGGAACAAGGAGUAAAAAAUACCAGCAUGGAGAAUGCCCAAAAGGAAAAUGAAGAAAAGGAAGAAAGGGAGCAAGUUCCUAAUAAAGGGGAGCCCUUGACUCUCCCUUUGGAUACGGGUGAAUACUGUGUGCCUAAGGGAAAUCGUAGGCGGUUCCGUGUUAGGCAGCCCAUCCUUCAGUAUAGAUGGGACAUGAUGCAUAGGCUUGGAGAGCCACAGGCAAGGAUGAGAGAAGAGGAUAUGGAAAGGAUUGGGGAGGAGGUGAGACAGCUGAUGGAGAAGCUGAGGGAGAAACAGAUGAGUCAUAGUUUUCAGGCAGUGAGCACUAACCCCCCUCAUCAUGACCAUCAUGAUGAAUUUUGCCUUAUGCCCUGAAUCCUGAUGUUUUCUCUGAAGUUAAGAGGGAGACACCUGCUUUCUAAACUCACGUGUUUCUGAUGUACCCUUGUUGUAAACCUUUUAAUGUCACUUGUUUAAGUGGGACUCCUAUUAUCAGCUUCUAAUUGAAUGUUGUGUUUUUGACCCAGUCUGUAAGAAUUUUGUUAGCAGAAGAAUUUUACCUAUUGCAUGGAAAGAUGCUCAUUAUAUAUUGUGGAGUUAAUAAAGCAGUUUAAAAACGCA